AGCGAACGGCAGUCUUGUUGUGUCGUCGUCGUGACCCGUAACAACAGAGUCUUCCAGCCCAAACCAAGCGCGCCCGUUACCAUCUACUCAAAUCUGGUCAAGGGUUGAAACGCGCGUACUUCCGCAAGGCCACGCUCAGCAUUUCCCCGAUUUGAAUCUGACCCCACGUCAUUGGCUAGCUUCCACUCCUCCACCUUCUAUCUUUCGCCUCGGCCACCCGACAAACCAAUUCUCGAAUAGCUGAGAGCAUCGUCCUGUUCAAUCAAGUUUUCCGAAUCCUCCUUCCGUGGGCUUACCAUAGCUCACUCGCUCCACGAAGGCUGCCAUCGAUGGCUCGCUUCACUGCAACCCUUCCGCAUCUUCUUCCUCUUACUCUUGCUCUCGUGUCCACCCUCCUCCUUGCCGCAACGCCGCAAACAUGCGCUCUAUCGAAGCUCGAAAUGCUCAACGAAAUGGUUGUUUUUAGCGAGGACGAGCCCUUCUUGUUCGACAACAUGGACGAACGACUGUCAGCAGCAGCCCUCUCCGAAACUCCUGAUUGGCUACGCGACGGCGAAAGCGCCCAUUCUGUUACGAGCUCGACAGCGCCGACGACUGGAGUGGCGGAAUCGCAUACCGUCGCACAAUCGUCGCAAGCCCCGUUGCAAGCCAUCGCUGCCGUACUCGGCGAGGGUGCGGCAAGCGAAAUCCCGUCGGAGCCACCGGCCAACCGUCACUUGAGGGGCAGCGGCAUUUUGUUCUCAUCGCAAAGUCAUUGACCAAAGGGACGGACAUGACUUGCCUCUGUAUGGGAGCGCAAACGAGGGCCCGGACUGCAACAGUUGCGACUGACGCCCGAAAUCUCGCACUCGCCGACCUUUCUACACUCUCGCCCGCCAUCUCUAGAGCGCGCAACACCCUUGCUCGAAAUCAAGGCCUCCCCUUGCCUCUGUGAGCGGCUCUCGCGCUGACGAGGCGACGGCGACAGCGAUUAACAUGAGGGACUUCAUUUCGUGACGCGUACGUCGGUAAGUGACCUCGUGGCUACGCUCACCAACAUGUGGGACGUUUAUAUUGACGGAACACCCCUGGGAGCCUAGAGGAGGACGGAAUGGACAAGGUUUUUCCAGAUCUUAGCUAAAUACGUCAUUUUGUGCUGCUCCCCGCACACGAGCAACAUUCUGUAGGUAGCUGAUAGAGCUGAAAGGUAGUGGCAGGGUAGCUUCUUGCAUGAAAGGGAUCGACCAGAUCCCUUGAUUAGUUUAGUAAGGCUGCUACGUGUUGGCUCCUCGCCAUACGUCAGGCGUACAUCCUCUGGUCUGAAGUUUUGGCUGGGAUAUAUACCUAGCUACUGCAGGGACAAUGUAUAACUGCAGUAGACCUUGCAAUCUUGUUAUGGAACAGGGCUGAUUCCCUUCGA